AUGUCAAAUGUUGGUGAUGGCCUCAUUGGGAAAAUUGAUAGUUUGAAACUUGAUGAUGCUGUUCCUAUUGUUCCGAAUGUUUUAAAAAAACCAAAGAAGAAACCAAAACCAGUCUUACAAAAACCGCCAGAUAGAAAGCCACGGAAACAACUAAGACCAUUGUAUACUUACAAUCGCCCAACAGCCAAGCUAAACAAGGAAUUACUCCUUUUUAACCUCAAGCAUGCUUGGAAAAAACAACGCCAAAAGAGAUCCAGUACCCUCAGAUACCCAUCUAUGAAAGAAUAUAUCUCAGAAAUUAGUUGGUGUGCUUAUUUGGAUGACUUAUUCGAGACCUUCCCCUCAGAAAAUGUUGUAUUUAGCUGGACCAAUCAUACUCCUGAUAGUAAGAAGGAAAAAGACGUUAGCCAUGAGGAUUUGGGUGGCGAGGUAUGUUAUACGGCAACAUUUGAUUACCAAAAGGAAAUGAACACCAUACUUUCGAAAUCAGAGAGAAAAAUUCAGAGAUCACCUUUUGCAAAGGGGCAAACUUUCAUUUUAAAUGACGGUACAAGGGCUUUUUGGUGCGGGUAUGCGGAAAGCGUUGACUUGGUGGAUUUUAAUGGAAGGACUCUUGGGAAAAAUGAUGAUAUUGAAUUUGAAAAGAUUGCGGAUAUCGUGGUGCUUAUCAUGAUUUAUCCUUGGGAAGUGAAACAAUUACCAAAAUCAUUACCGAUGCAUACAUUAAACGUUUUACCAUGCAGUGCCACGGCCACGAGAAUCUUGCGAGGGUUGACUAAAUUGUCUAAUAAAGAGUUUAUCAGUAUGCUCUUGGGCCAAACCCCAAUUACCCAAAUUGCACCGAAUACCGCUAAUUUUGUGGCCCAGUACACAGAAAAAUCACCUAAUCCAUCGCAAAAGAUCGCCAUUGGAUCGAUCUUGGCAAACUCCAUUACGGUCUUGCAAGGGCCUCCAGGCACCGGGAAAACCGCAACGAUUGUGGAAACCAUCUUUCAACUUCUUGCACAGCCAAGAAAGUUAAAUGGUCCGAUUGUGGUGGUGGCGCAUUCCAAUAUUGCCAUUGAUAAUAUUGCCGAGAAGUUGCUUGAGAUUGGGCAACUGUUUGAGCAGUUUGGGCAUCUUAAGGACACGAUUCUCCGGAUCGUGUCAGCGGCCAGGGUUAAUGAUUAUUCUGAUGAGGGAGAGAAUCCGCAUCCAUUGGGGAAAAUCACUCUUCAUCAUAAAGUUUAUGAGGAACUUUCUAUUGCAUUAAAAGCGGUGGAGCGGGCGUUGAGGGACCAAAAUCCUAAUGGGUUUGACAAACGGGAUUUUCAGGAACUUUUUGCAGCCAAAGGAUCAAUAAUUAAGAGGCUUAUGGGGGAGUUCAAAGUGGUGUUGACUACCACCGUUGGCUCGGGAUGUUGUGCCCUCCAACACCCCAAGGAAAUCCCGGUGGUGAUCAUGGACGAGGCCACCCAAUCUUCCGAGCCCAGCACCAUUAUCCCAUUAUCGCUUCAAAGUGUUGAGAAAUUCGUGCUCGUUGGCGAUCACAAGCAAUUGAAUUUCUAUUCCGAUAUUGAGGUGUUGGAGUACUCGUUGUUUGAAAGGGUAAUUGAGAAUGGCACGUAUGAGCGGGCGCACAUGUUGGAUACUCAAUAUCGUAUGCAUACGUAUAUUUCUGCAUUUCCUAGAGAUCGGUUCCACAAUGGGUUGCUUCAGGAUGGGGUGACGGUUGGACAAAGAUCGAUAAAGGGGAUUGAUAAGCCGCUUUUGUUUUGGGAUACCAGGGGAAGAAGCCAUGAGAGUCGAGAAAAAGAUUUCAUUGUGUUUUCUUGUGUUCGUUCGAACGAUCAUAGUAAAGUGGGGUUUGUUAGUGAUAGACGGAGAAUGAAUGUGGCAUUGACCAGAGCGAAAUAUGGGUUGAUAUCGGUGGGUGAUUUGUGGUGCUUGACAGCAGGAUCGUUAGAUUGGAGAGAUUAUUUAAGUAAUCUAAAAAAGCAAAAGUUCGUUCAUGAAGGGAAAAAGUUCAAGUAUUGA